UCACGGAUCGUUCGUGCGGUCAGUGCUCUGCAGGGAAGCCCCUUCCCCUCCGAACCUGAGUCCCUCUAAGCGCCAGGCCCUGCCCCCUCCCAGCUGUGGAAACUGCAGGGUGACCUGAAACCAACAGAGCCAUGGCGACUCCCUCUGCUGCCUUUGAGGCCCUUAUGAAUGGAGUCACAAGUUGGGAUCUCCCUGAAGAUGCCGUCCCAUGUGAACUGCUGCUUAUUGGAGAGGCCUCCUUUCCCGUGAUGGUGAAUGACAUGGGCCAGGUCCUCAUUGCUGCCUCCUCCUAUGGUCGAGGCCGCCUCGUGGUCCUGUCCCAUGAGGACUACUUGGUGGAAGCCCAGCUCACCCCCUUUCUCCUCAACGCUGUGGGGUGGCUUUGCUCUUCCCCUGGGUCUCCCGUUGGUGUGCACCCAUCACUGGCACCUUUGCUCAAAAUCCUCGAGGGCUCUGGAGUGGAGGCAAAGAUUGAGCCAGAGGUGAAUGACUCCCUGGGAGUUUACUGUAUCGAUGCCUACAACGAAACCAUGACUGAAAAGCUGGUCCAGUUCAUGAAGAGAGGAGGGGGCUUGCUCAUGGGAGGCCAAGCCUGGGAUUGGGCCAACCAGGGCGAUGAUGAAAGGGUUCUGUUCACGUUCCCUGGGAACCUGGUGACCAGCGUGGCUGGGGUAUACUUCACUGACAAUAAAGGGGACACAAGUUUCUUUAAAGUCUCCAAGAAGAUGCCCAAGAUCCCAGUCUUAGUGAGUUGUGAAGAUGACCUCUCCGAGGACAGAGACGAGCUCCUGCAUGGGAUUUCAGAGCUGGACAUCAGCAACUCCGACUGCUUCCCAUCCCAGCUGCUAGUGCACGGGGCCUUAGCCUUUCCCCUGGGGUUAGAUUCCUACCAUGGCUGUGUGAUAGCAGCUGCCCGCUAUGGCCGGGGCCGGGUGGUUGUGACUGGCCAUAAGGUGUUAUUCACAGUGGGGAAACUGGGCCCCUUUCUGCUCAAUGCUGUCCGCUGGCUGGAUGGGGGCCGCAGAGGCAAGAUCGUGGUGCAGACAGAGCUGAGAACGCUGAGCGGCCUGCUUGCAGUGGGGGGCAUAGACACCAGCAUUGAGCCCAAUCUCACCAGUGACGCGAGUGUCUAUUGCUUUGAGCCUGUGAGUGAAGUGGGGGUCAAGGAGCUGCAGGAGUUUGUAGCAGAGGGCGGCGGGCUGUUUGUUGGAGCCCAAGCCUGGUGGUGGGCCUUCAAGAACCCAGGGGUGUCCCCUUUGGCUCGAUUCCCUGGAAACCUCCUCCUCAACCCCUUUGGCAUCAGCAUCACAAGCCAAAGCCUCAAUCCAGGGCCCUUCCGUACCCCUAAAGCAGGGAUAAGGACCUAUCACUUCCGUUCCACCCUGGCUGAGUUCCAGGUUAUAAUGGGCAGAAAGAGAGGGAAUGUGGAGAAGGGCUGGCUGGCCAAGCUGGGCCCAGACGGUGCAGCCUUCCUCCAGAUCCCUGCAGAAGAGAUCCCUGCCUACAUGUCCGUGCACCGACUCCUGAGGAAGCUGCUCAGUCGCUAUCGGCUCCCCGUAGCCACCCGAGAGAACCCCGUUAUCAAUGACUGCUGCAGGGGGGCCAUGCUUUCCCUGGCCACUGGCCUGGCCCACUCUGGAAGCGACCUCUCUCUGUUAGUCCCGGAAAUUGAAGACAUGUACAGCAGCCCCUAUCUGCGCCCUUCCGAGUCUCCCAUCACCGUGGAGGUCAACUGUACCAAUCCAGGCACCCGAUACUGCUGGAUGAGCACCGGGCUUUACAUACCUGGAAGGCAAAUCAUAGAAGUCUCAUUGCCGGAAUCUGCUGCCUCUGCAGAUCUGAAGAUCCAGAUUGGCUGCCACACGGAUGACCUGACCAGGGCCAGCAAGCUGUUCCGAGGCCCCCUGGUGAUUAACCGGUGCUGCUUGGACAAACCCACAAAGUCUAUCACCUGCCUCUGGGGUGGCCUCCUCUAUAUCAUUGUGCCUCAGAGCAGCAAACUGGGUUCUGUGCCCAUCACCGUUAAGGGAGCUGUGCAUGCUCCCUACUACAAGCUGGGGGAGACAUCCCAGGAGGAGUGGAAGAGGCGUAUCCAGGAGAAUCCAGGUCCCUGGGGAGAGCUGGCCACAGACAACAUUAUCCUGACGGUGCCAACUGCAAAUCUACGUGCUCUGGAGAACCCUGAGCCACUGCUCCGCCUCUGGGAUGAGGUGAUGCAGGCGGUGGCACGACUGGGAGCCGAACCCUUCCCCUUACGUCUGCCUCAGAGGAUUGUCGCUGACGUGCAGAUCUCAGUUGGCUGGAUGCAUGCUGGGUACCCCAUCAUGUGCCAUCUGGAGUCCGUGCAGGAGCUCAUCAAUGAGAAGCUCAUCAGAACCAAGGGGCUGUGGGGCCCCGUGCACGAGCUGGGCCGCAACCAGCAGCGGCAGGAGUGGGAGUUCCCACCGCACACCACUGAGGCCACCUGCAACCUGUGGUGUGUUUAUGUGCAUGAAACAGUCCUGGGCAUUCCUCGAGGCCGUGCCAAUAUUGCCCUGUGGCCCCCAGUUCGGGAGAAGCGUGUCCGAAUCUACCUGGGCAAGGGACCCAAUGUGAAAAACUGGAAUGCAUGGACCGCAUUGGAGACGUAUUUACAGCUCCAGGAAGCCUUUGGCUGGGAGCCAUUCAUCCGUCUCUUCACAGAGUACAGGAACCAGACCAACCUGCCCACAGACAAUGUCGACAAAAUGAAUCUCUGGGUCAAGAUGUUCUCCCACCAAGUGCAGAAGAACCUGGCUCCAUUCUUUGAGGCCUGGGCCUGGCCCAUCCAGAAGGAAGUGGCUACCAGCCUGGCCUAUCUGCCUGAAUGGAAGGAAAAUAUUAUGAAAUUAUACCUCCUCACACAGAUGCCCCACUGAAAUUGAAGUCAAGAGACGGGAAGAAAGAACCGGCACAUCUCGGCAAAGACAAAGGCAUUUGGUGAUACGUGAAGAUGAUCUCAACACCUUUCUGGAAGAGAAAAAGUGGAAGCAGCUUGAUGAGAGCGAAGGUACCUUUCAGACAGAAUAGAAGCUGAUCUGAGCAACAUGACCCCAAAGAGACUCGAGCAUCAAAGGAGUCCCUCAACUAAAGAACUGUACCCGCUGUAUAACUGACCCCCCUCCCCACCCCCACCCCCUAUCCCCCAGCCCCGUGCACAGAACACAGGCGCCUGCUGUCAGUGCCAGUUAAAGAUUCCUUGUUGUUGUUGUUGUCAUUGUUGUUUGUAUAAAGAAAUUGAAUAAACUGCCUGAGGAGAGGUAA